AGGUCUACUAGGUGUAAAGCUACUGUCCUGCCAGUCCAAACGUCAUUCUGUUUCUUCACGACAACACGGUUGAAUGACAAAGCACGAAAGGUUUCUGGACAUCUCGGGACAUCUCUACCGUUCGGACACACCCCAACAUCAACAUGGCGGACGCACGAGCUAUGCUGCGCCAGCAGCGAGCAGCACGGCAACAAGCACAAAAGCCCCAGAAGCAGUCGGCGGCCCCUGCAGCAGUACCCACAUCGAAGAAGAGGAAGGCAGCAGACGAACAUGCAGAGGAGAGGAAAAGGACGCGAACAGAGGCAGAUGCUGGUGUUCCUGCAGGCUUCUUCGAUGAUGGAGCUGCGAAAGAUGACGAGAUGCCCACCGAACAUGCGCACACAGACCAGGAAAGCAAGCAGGUACCAGAUACACAAACAGCAGAGCCGACACAGACGAAUGGUCCAUCACUUGACCCUUCAGCCGAAGCAGAACUGGACGCCUUUAUGAACGAAAUGAAUCGAGAGAAGCCCGCGCAACCUCACCCUGCCACAUACUCAGGCGCCGUCAUAGAAGCUGCCCCAAUGACAGUCGCUGAGAUUGCCGCACAAGCACGAGAAGAGCUGAGCGCACAACGAGCCAAGCGGGACGAAGAAAUGGAAGGCGAGAAGGAGGAUGCUGCACGAGCAUUGGAAGACGAGUUCGAGGAGAUGGAGGGGCUGGAAGAGCGCGUCAAGAAGCUUCGGGAACAGAGGGAAGCGUUACGAUUGAAGCAUGUUCAACCGGCAGAUGCAGAGGACAUUGUGCUGGACCCUCCACUGCCUGCUGAUGGUGGCGAAAGCGAGUCUGAGGACGAGGAUGAGGACUGGGACGACUGGAGGUUUCGUCCAGCUUAAAGGUUAUGAGCAUCUUGCGGUUAGCAAGUUUGUUCGAGCUCGCAUUAUACCAUAUGUACUACUACUACUACUACUACUACUACUACUACUACCGUGAUACCCGGUUAGGCGUUAACAAAAUAGCUAUAGACUGCGAUCUAGCUUGAAUCUAGCAGGCUACUAGUCCUUGCAAGUAAAUAAAUGUAUUAGAAUGCCAUGAUCCUUCC